UCUGCUGGUUUUUGUGGAUCUGAGAUCAGCAGCAUGUGGGAGCUCCAGCUCACGGUGCUGCUCGCUUUGCAGGUGUUUACCUGCGCUCAGGAGGGCGGGGCAUCAGUGGGAGGGGCCCAGGUUGAUGUCAGCCUCCCGGAGUUCAGUGAUGUGUGCACAGAGGGCAGCUGUUACCCGGCAACAGGAGACCUGCUGAUUGGCCGAGCCCACCAGCUGUCAUCCACUUCCACCUGCGGACUGAACCGACCCGAACCGUUCUGCAUCGUGAGCCACCUGCAGGAGGAGAAGAAGUGUUUCAUGUGCGACUCUGCGACGCCGUACGAUAAGCUGACCCAUCAGACGAGCGGCCACCGCAUCGAGAACGUCGUCACCACGUUUGCUCCGAACAGGCUGAAGACCUGGUGGCAGUCUGAGAACGGUGUGGAGAACGUCACCAUCCAGCUGAACCUGGAGGCGGAGUUUCACUUCACUCACCUCAUCAUGACCUUCAAGACGUUUCGACCUGCUGCCAUGGUGAUCGAGCGGUCAGCUGACUUUGGGAAGACGUGGCAGGUUUAUCGUUACUUCGCCUACGACUGCGAGACGGCGUUCCCGUCCGUCUCCCCGGGUCCGAUGCAGAAGGUCGACGACGUCAUCUGUGACUCUCGUUAUUCUGACAUUGAGCCGUCCACUGAAGGAGAGGCGAUUUUCAGAGUUCUGGACCCGGCGUUCCGGAUUGAAGAUCCCUACAGCCCCAGAAUCCAGAACAUGUUGAAGAUCACCAACCUGCGGGUCAAGUUCACCAAACUGCACACGCUGGGAGACAACCUGCUGGACUCCCGGAUGGAGAUCAAAGAGAAGUAUUAUUACGCCGUCUUCGACAUGGUGGUCCGAGGAAACUGCUUCUGCUACGGACACGCCUCUGAGUGCGCCCCGAUCGAGGGUACCGGCCAGGUCACCGAAGGCAUGGUUCACGGUCACUGCAUGUGUAACCACAACACCAAAGGUCUGAACUGUGAAAAGUGUCAGGAUUUCUACCACGACCUGCCGUGGAGACCAGCCGAAGGACGCAACACCAAUGCCUGCAAAAAGUGUAACUGUAACCAGCACUCGGACUCGUGUCACUUCGACCCGGCGGUGUUCGUGGCUUCAGGCAACGUCAGCGGAGGCGUCUGUGACGACUGUCAGCACAACACGGCCGGACACAACUGUGAGCAGUGCAAACCGUUUUACUACCAACAUCCAGAGAGAGACGUAAGAGACCCCAACAUCUGCCAACCGUGCAGCUGCGACCCUCUGGGCUCGCUGAAUGGAGGAAUCUGUGACGGCAUGACAGACAUUCGCGUCGGUCUGAUCGCCGGUCAGUGUCGCUGUAAAGUCAACGUGGAGGGAGAACGCUGCGAGCGCUGCAGACCAGCGCACUACGCACUGAGCUCCGAGCCCGACGGCUGCAAGGCAUGUACCUGCAGCCCCGUGGGAACACUUCCUGGAGGAAAUCCCUGCGACAGUGAAACAGGAAGCUGCUUCUGUAAAAGGCUGGUGACGGGAAGAGACUGCGAUCAGUGUGCGCCUGAACACUGGGGUCUCAGUAAUGAUAUGGACGGCUGCAGACCAUGUGACUGUGACCUGGGAGGAGCCAUCAACAACCAGUGUGACCAGGCGAGCGGUCAGUGCGUCUGCAGAGAUCACAUGUUUGGUCGACGCUGUGAUCAGGUUGAAUCUGGAUUCUACUUCAUCGCUCUGGAUCACUACACCUACGAGGCAGAGGAAGCCAAGUUUGGACCUGGCGUGACGGUGGUCCCAAGGCCACACCCUCUGGACCGCAGUCCCACUUGGACAGGUAUCGGCCUGGUCAAUGUCCCCGAGGGAGCCUUCCUGGAGUUUUCUGUGGACAACAUCCCCCACUCCAUGGAGUAUGACAUCAUCAUCCGCUACGAACCUCAGCUGCCUGACCAAUGGGAGGAGGUUCUGAUGACAGUGAUGAGACCCGGACCAAUCAGAGCAGACAGCCGCUGUGUGAACACCGUCCCUGACGAAGACCACCAGACGAUCUCUCUUCAUCCCAGCUCACGAUACGUGGCUCUUCCCAGACCUGUUUGUUUUGAAUCUGGUCUGAACUACACGAUCCGCCUCAGUCUCCCACUGUACUCGGCUCUCAGUGACGUUCAGUCUCCAUACACACUCAUUGACUCGAUCGUGCUGAUGCCUCACUGUAAGAACCUGGAGAUCUUCACGGCCUCAGAAGGAGGAGACUCCGGCAGGAACAGCGGUUGGGAAACAUUCCAACGUUAUCGUUGUCUCGAGAACAGCCAGAGUGUCAUCAAGUCCCAGAUGACGGACAUCUGCAAAAACUUCAUCUUCAGCAUCUCUGCCAUGUUGCACCAAGGAGCUAAAGAAUGCCGGUGUGAUCCUCAGGGGUCCCUCAGCACCGUGUGUGAUCCCAGCGGGGGUCAGUGUCAGUGUCGCCCCAACGUGGUUGGCAGGAACUGCGACACUUGUGCCCCAGCCACGUUCCAGUUUGGACCCAAUGGCUGCAAAGAGUGUGCAUGCGACCCUCAGGGUUCACAGAGUUCCUUCUGCAAUCAGCUGACCGGUCAGUGCGUUUGUGUUUCUGGAGCUUUCGGUCGCCAGUGUGAUCGAUGUCUGCCGGGUCACUGGGGCUUCCCCACCUGCCGACCGUGUUCCUGCAACGGACACACUGAAGAGUGUGACGCCAACACUGGACGCUGCAUCAACUGCCGGGACCACAGCACCGGACACACCUGUGACAGGUGUCUGGAUGGUUAUUACGGUGACCCGGUGUUGGGGUCAGGGGACCACUGUCGUCCCUGCAUGUGUCCUGACGGUCCCAGCAGCCUGCGGCAGUUUGCAGGAAGUUGUUACCGUGGCGGCGAUUCCUUGCAGGCCAUCUGUGUCUGCAACACCGGAUACAGAGGUGCUCGCUGUGACGACUGCUCACCUGGAUACUUUGGAAAUCCUGCAGAGGUGGGGGGGCAGUGUCAGCCCUGCCAGUGCAACAACAACAUCGACAUGUUGGACCCGGAGUCCUGCGACGCCCGGACUGGCGAGUGUCUCCGCUGCCUGUACCACAGCGAGGGCGUCGGCUGCCAGAGCUGCAAACUGGGUUACUAUGGCAACGCCUUGCUGCAGGACUGUCGGAAAUGUGUCUGUAACCACCUGGGCAGCGACGCCGCCAGCUGUCCGUCAUCUGGAGACUGUCACUGCGACCGCAACAGUGGUCAGUGUCACUGCCUCCCCAACGUGAUUGGUCAACACUGCGACCGAUGUGCGCCCGACACCUGGAACAUGGCGAGCGGCGCUGGCUGCCAGGCCUGUGACUGUGACUCCAAACACUCGUACGGGACGUCCUGUAACGAGAUCAGUGGUCAGUGCUCGUGUCAGCCAGGGUUCGGAGGAAGAACAUGCAGCGAGUGUAGAGAGCUGUUCUGGGGAGACCCCGAAGUCAAAUGUCACGCGUGUGACUGCGACCCUCGCGGAAUCUCUCAGCAGCAGUGUAACAAAGUCGACGGUCACUGCGUCUGCGUGGAAGGCGUUUCUGGUCCGCGCUGCGAUGUCUGCGCCCGCGGGUUCUCCGGAACCUUCCCCGACUGCCACCGCUGCCACCAGUGCUUCGCCGAGUGGGACGAGGUCAUCGGUCAGCUGACCAAUCAGACGCACCGCCUUGUCAACAAAGUCAAUGCCAUCAAAGCCAAUGGCGUCACUGGACCGUACAAGAAGUCGGUGGAGAGCAUGGAGAAGAGCGCCGCCAGCAUCCGGGUAAUCCUGAACCAGAACCCGGCCUCGCAACCACUGACAGAGAUUCAGGAGCUGCUGCAACAGGCCAGUGACCUGAUGGGGACCCUGAGCCAGACGUUGAACCAAACUGAACAGACUCUGGUCCAGGUGAAGGAAGAGGACUCGGCUGCUGGUACUAAACUGGACUCUGUGGUGUCAGACGCUCAGAAACUGGAGCAGACGGUUCAGGAGCUGCUGGAUCAGGUUGAGUUCAUCAAGAACUCUGACAUCAGAGGGGCGACGGACAGCGUGACAAAGUACUACCUGCAGUCUCAGGGCGCCGAAGCUCGAGCAAACGCUUCCACGGUGGACCCCGGGAGCCCCGUGGAAACCUCGAGUGCUCUAAGGCAGGUGACAGAGGACAAACUGAACCAAACCAGAGAGGAGUUCCUGAGGAGACACACUGAGCAUGCUCAGAGACUGGACGACCUGGCGGGAGAGCUGCAGACCCUGGACCAAUCAGAGCUCAGCCACAAGAUCUGCGGCAGUCCACUGGCGGGUCAGGACUCGUGCUCGUCCUCUUCCUGUGGCGGUCUGGGCUGCGUGGACUCUGAGGGUCGAACCAGGUGUGGAGGUGAAGGAUGUGAUGGCGUGGUGACGGCCGUCGACAGCGUCUGGAAGAAGGCCCGAGACUCCGAACAGGAAAUCAUCAGUGCCAUGGAGGAAGUGGAGAAACUCUCCAAGAUGGUGUCGGAGGUCAAACUGAAGGCAGACGAGGCCAAGCUCAGCGCUCAGGACACCCUGAUGAAGACCAACAGAACCAAACAGAGAGUCCAGCAGAGCAACGAGGAGCUCAGAGACCUCAUCCGACAGAUCCGAGACUUCCUCACACUGGACGCUGCAGACCCAGAGAGCAUCGAGCUGGUGGCUAACGAGGUUCUAGCCAUGCAGAUGCCGACCACACCGGCCCAGCUGCAGAACCUGACCGAGGAGAUCCGACAGAAGGUUGGAGAACUGGGACAUGUGGAGACCAUCCUGCAGCAGAGCGCCGACGACAUCCAGAGAGCCGAGAACCUGCUGGUACAAGCCCGCCAAACCAGUGAUGAGGCGGCAGACGUAAAGGACUCUGCAGUGAAGGUGAAGAAAGCUCUGGAGGAGGCUCGGAGAGCUCAGACAGCCGCCAGCAGCGCCAUCCAGCAGGCCGCCACUGACAUCCAGAUCACCAACAAGCUGUUGUCCUCAGUGGAGUCGGAGACGGCAGAUGCAGAGGUGAAGCUGACUAAUGCCACGCAAAGGCUGCAGAGACUCGAGCAGGAUGUGACGCUGCUGAAAGACAAGGGUCUGAACGUCUCCGUGACCACCAACCAGACCAAUCAGGACGCAGAGAGCAUCAGAAAGAUUGCAGACGAGGUCAAGAAGGAUCUGGACUCUGAGCUGAAGAAUAAAUACGCCACAGUGGAGCAGCUAAUUGAUCAGAAGGCAGGAGGCAUAGCUGACGCCAAGAAGAGGGCGGAGUCACUGCAGCGGGAAGCCAAAAAGCUGCUGCUGAAGGCCAGCGACAAACUGCAGCUGCUCAAAGAUCUGGAGAAGUCCUACGAAGACAACCAGCGGACUCUGGAGGUGAAGGCAGAGCAGCUUGUGGAGCUGGAGGCCGCUGUGAAGGAGCUGCUGCAAGAGAUCAGCCAGAAGGUCACCGUCUACAGCACCUGUCUGUUCUAGGGUCAAGGCUCACAUCCAGACGGUGAAUUAAAGAAACCAAUAAGACACAUAUUUUAACCUUUUCUCAGCAAUCAAUCAGAAGACAGUGCUCCGAGUGCUUAGAAACAAAUUUUUUGUUGUUUGACAAAUACCAAAGAUGCGUUUUUAAUGAACUGAAUGUUUAAUUUUUUAGCAAAUUUCCAAAUUAAGACUUUAAAUGUCUGAAUGCAGCUUUUACACACAAAGAUAAAUAUAAAGACGAAUCUCUAUAAAGAUGUGACAAACUGAUUGAUUGGACACGGAUCAAUUUAAUUUGCUGGUCGAUCAAAUAAGAAAGCAAACAUUUUUUAAUUAAGCUUCAGUAAUGUUCAAAUCAGAUGAAUGUCUCCGUGAAUGUCAGUUUGACUAAAACUUUAAAGUCUGAAUGUUUAAACCAUGUGAUUUUUUACUUCCCUUUUUUUUUUUUCUGCGUGGCCAAAACUUUGAACCAAAAUGAUUUUUAAUAAAAACAUUUUAAAAUA